AUGAGUAAGCAAACAACGUUGUUCGCAUUUACCAAAAGUUCUGACGUGAAUAAGAGGAAAAAGGUCAGUAGUGAGUCAGAUAACGGAAGUAUUAAUAAAGAUGAAAAGUAUGAUCAUACCAAAAGAAAAAGAAAGUUUCAAGAGAGUUGGAGAGAAAGAUUCCCGUGGGUGGAACUGGAAGUCCAGUCUCAAUCUACAAGUGAUACUGAUAACGGUGACUUGAUGUAUUGUAGUUACUGUAGGACCUUUCCUGAAUGUGCAAACAAAGCAUGUGCUUUAUUCAAGGGAACCAAUAAUUUUAGAAUUGAUUCAUUGAUUUCUCAUGAUAAAGUGAACAUUAGUGAACAUUUUGUUGCAAGCAGACGCUAUUUUACAAAAAGUAAAACUGGUGACCAAAAUAACAAUCGGCUCGAACUAAGAAAUUCAAGUGAACCCUGUAGUAGUGGUGCUGUUGAUAAAUACAAAGAAAAACUGUUAACUACCGUUUCAAGCACAGAAAUUGGCAAAGCAAUGUACAGAUUAUCAGAGGAAGAAAAGAAAAAGAUGACCAUACUUUUUAACACAGCUUAUGCAGUUGCAAAGAAUGGAAAACCCUUUACUGAUUAUCUCUAUUUGUAUGAACUGAAUAUGUUGAAUGGUUUGGAUUUGGGUGGCCAGUAUAAUAACAUUCAUGCUUGUGAAAGUUUUGUUGAAGCCAUAAGUCAAACAUAUCGAGAGAAAAUUCAGGCUGAAAUUCUGAAGACAAACUGUGUUAGUAUUCUGGCAGAUGGUUCAACUGAUGCUGCUGUAAUGGAACAGGAAAUUGUGUACUUGCGGUAUGUUCAGCCAUAUUCUGGAGUUCCUGUAUGUAGACAAAUAGACAUAGUUGCUGUUCAAUCUUCAGAUGCCUCUGGAAUCCUUGCUGCAUUGCACCAGGCUGUAGAAAAGGGUGUGAAUAUCCACAUGAAUGAUCCCACAUCUAUCACAGAUAUACCUUUAAAUCUUAUUUCUAUAUUUUCAUUUGUAAAAACUGUUAAGAUCAUUAUCUUGAGAAUAACAGCAAUGAAAAAGAAAUUAUUUUAG